CAGGAAAUGUGGCUGUCCACGCCAUGGCACUAUCUCGAGAUCGCAUGAAAUUCGUGACUGGCAGCAAAGAUGGCAGGAUAUGUUUGUGGGCAGUGGGCACCGGGCCAAUGACCGGACAUUGGAAGAGAGCACACACCGACGCAAUAUCGUCCGUCUGCUGGAGUCCGGAUGAGUUGCACGUCGCCAGUGGAUCCGAAGAUGGAACGGCGAUUAUCUGGGAUGCCAACACAGGCAACCCCGUGCGAGAACCCAUCAAAACUGACCACGAACAUGUGUACGCAUAACAUCACAUUUUGGGAUGUCAGGACAGGACAGGCGCUCAGAUUUGUAGAAGUGUGUCCUGCUUCGCAGCAGGUGCAUUGCGUCACUCGGAACUCAGAAGAUAGACUUUUCCUGGGACUUAGUAAUGGAAUCGUACAGGCAAUAACCAACACCCAAGAGAAAGCCGUCCAUCUAGGCAAACGUACUGGUCCUAUCCGUGCCGUCGUCUUGUCUCAAGAUGAGAGCUUACUGGCUACCGCUUCUCAUGAUAAUACUGUCUGCCUAUGGGAUCUAAAAACCAACCAGUCAGUUGGUCGGCCUUUGAAGCAUGCCGAUGGCUUGAGGUGCGCGGCCUUCGCAAGAAACGGCGGACUGUUCGCCACUAGUGUCAACGAAAACGUGUAUAUCUGGGACUUUCAGGCGCUGCUCGGCGGAGAUAUUAAUGUUAAGGACAGCGAGUCGGGAUCAUCGCUGGAAAUGUCUACAGCUGGUCACUCCCUCGAUGUUGGCGCAGAGAUUCGCCCCGCCGGCAAUCACAUGCGACACGAUUCAUGGCAUGAAACUAUCGUGCCCAACGGCGCGCAUCGACUACCACAGCUACCAUGUGCACUUGACAUUCAUAGCGCAUCACCUCCCAGUCCAAGACCAAAGGAUGAGCGCAGUACAAUGCAGCCGCACAUUUUUUCCAGGAGAUCUGUUCGUCAAGUUGCUGCUACUCACCUACAGCAGGUAUUUGGUGUUCUAAGAUCAGUACUACGCAUGGCCGACAGGAAAGUGCAGCAAUUUUCGCGGGUAUGGGGCCAGUGAGGUUUUACCUCAGAAGCGCACCAGCGUGUCAGGGUGAAAGUUAGUGCUUCUAGUGUUGGAGUCCGAGACGUCCGAGACGAGAGAGGAAUAGGGUACGAGCGUAACCAAAAGGAGCUCGAGCCAGUGACGCACUGACGUCGGCUGGUACUCAUCCACAUU